AUGCAGGCGGACGACGUGAUAUGGUCGGUCAUCGGCCACCAAUUCUGCUCCUACAAAAUCAAAUCUUCAACACACUCUACCUUUUGCCGGAAUGAGUACAACUUGACUGGCAUGUGCAAUCGUCAGUCUUGUCCACUUGCCAACUCUCGGUACGCCACGGUACGCGAGCACGAGGGUAUUUUGUACCUGUAUGUCAAAACGGCUGAGCGUGCGCACUCUCCACGGAGACAAUGGGAGAGGAUACGUCUCUCUAACAGAUACAGCACAGCGCUAGAACAAAUCGAUAAGGAGCUAAUAUACUGGCCGAACUUUAUUGUACACAAGGCCAAGCAACGACUCACCAAGAUUACCCAGUACCUCAUCAAGAUGCGCAAAAUCAAACUCAAAGAGGAAGAGCAGCCUGAGCUGGUUGGUGUUAAGAAAAAGACCGAACGGCGUGAGGCGACGCGCGAGAACAAAGCACUGCGCGCGGCCAAGCUGGAAAAGUCGAUUGAAAAGGAACUGCUUGACCGUCUCAAGCGCGGUGCCUACGGUGAAGCACCCUUGAAUGUGAACGAGAGCGUGUGGAAUGCUGUGCUCGAAAGUGCGCAAGCACGCGUGCCUGAUGCGGAAGGUAACGCAUUGGAACUGGAAGAAGAACUAAGUGACGAAGAGCAGGAAGAGGAUAUCGAGGCCAUGGAUGCAGAGAUGCGCGCCAUGAACGACGAUGACGACGAGUAUGGACAGCGCGAAUUCGUGUCAGACGAUGAGGGCAGUGAAGACGAUGACGAUCUCGAAGACUAUGACUCGCUUGACGAAGACUCUGAGGACGACACGGACGACAGCGACACAAAGAAGAGCUCCAAGCGCCCUGCACCCAAGCGCCCUCGCUCUGAUGCGCGUGGCAAGCGCGGCCGCCCGCGCGUCGAAAUCGAAUACGAGCAAGAGACCGAGCCUCUCACGGCCGAGCAGCUGUCGCAAUGGUAG